AUGGAGAAGAAGCCAAGCGAGAAGACACCUGGGUUCAGCUUUGGCCUCCCUAAGGCCUCACCACUGUCGGCCUCACCUGCAGCGGACACACCUGCCUCUGGUGCUGAUGGGACUGCCCCUCUGGAUCUGUUCUCUGCACCGACCGAGUCCAGGCAGGUCAGAUUUGGGAUGAGGGAGAGGGCUGCAGCAGGACCACAGUUCACAAUCCCUCAUAGCACAACUCAAAAUGCCUGGCCCUUACUGCAAGAGUCUCCCUGGAGGAAGGUGGACUGGUCUCAGGAGGCCAAAGCAGCUCUGAUGGAGUCCCUCCGCUCAUAUAAGCCCACCUGUGGCUCAGCUCCUGCUGCCAGAGUUCUGCUCAUUGGUCCGGUUGGAGCGGGCAAGUCCAGUUUCAUCAGCUCCGUCCAGUCCGUGUUCUAUGGACGGGUCGUGAACCGGGCCAUGAUGGGAACAUCUGUCAACUCAUCCCUCAGCUUCACCAAGAAGCUGCAGUCCUAUCAGCUGUACGGCAGCAGGGAGAGAGUGGAUGAGAGGACGGCUCUAGUCCUGUCUGACAUGGUGGGACUCGGGGAGACCAACGGCCUCACGCUUCACGACAUUCUAGCCGUCAUCAAGGGGCAUGUUCCAGAGGGACACACGUUCAGUGCCUGCUGUCCUGUAGUGUCGGACACGCCAGGCUAUGUGAAGGAGCCGUCCCUUGCAGAGAAGGUCCACUGUGUGGUCUUUGUGGUCAGCGCAGCAGAGAUCUCCUCCUACUCGGACACCAUGACGUCCACCUUCCACCAGCUCAGAGAACACAUCAGCGCACUGGGUGUACACCAGGUGGCGGUGUUGACUCAUGUGGAUAAAGUCUGUACCAAGACAGCCAGUGACCUCUCCCAGGUGUACAAGAGUUCAUCUGUGAAGCAAGCGAUGCUGAAGGCCGGUGCUCUGCUGGGCAUGCCUCUGUCCUCCAUGGUGCCGGUGAAGAACUACUCUGAGGAGCUGGAGCUGGAGCCACACACAGACACGCUGCUGCUCACAGCACUCGACCACAUCCUGCAGUACGUGGACCUGCACCUCAGAGACCAGCCAGAGGCAGACGACGCAGAAGAACUUGUUUUAAAUUUUGGGUGA